AAAAAAAAAAGGAAAAAAGAAGAGAGAAACGCAUGGGUUGCGUAGCCGUAGGCACGCGCGAGGCAGUUUGAUUGAAUUUCUCCCGAAUUUUGGAGAGUUUCGCGGCGGAUUCGAACGAAGACGGGUUUUCAGUUCGAAUUCGCAAUGGAGCACGUGUUCGCCGUAGUGGGAGAGGACCCCCUGUGGGCCCCGCCGCCGGCGCCGCCGGUGCAGGCUCCGGCGGCGGCUGACGGGGCGGGUGGGGUCGGCGUGGCGAGUGGCGGCGCUGGCGGGAUGCUGGAGCGGUGCCCGUCGGGGUGGAACCUCGAGAGGUUUCUGGAGGAGCUCGACGGCGUCCCGGCGCCGGCGGACGGCCCGGCGUUUUACCCUAGCCCGAUGGCGCCCGCGGCGGCGGCGCGCGGCGGGAGUAGGGGCUACGGCGAUCGUGGCGCGGUUGGGGUGAUUUCCGCGCCGCCGGCGGCGAUCGCGGUGGUGCUGGAUCCCGUGGAGUACAACGCGAUGCUGAAGAGGAAGCUGGACGAGGACCUCGCCGCCGUCGCCAUGUGGAGGGCCUCUGGUGCAAUACAGUCAGAGAGUCCUCUAGGCAAUAAAACAUCACUGAAUGCAGUUGGUUCCAGCCUGAGUUCACAAAAGUGCAUUGAAGGUAACGGCAUACCAGUGCAGAAGUUAAGUCCUGGCCCAACUGUAGGAUCGGGCCCAUACGUCAUUCAAAAUAUAGAUGCUCAUUCCAAGCAAGCAACAAGCGGUUCAUCAAGGGAACCAUCACCAUCAGAGGAUGAUGAUAUGGAAGGAGAAGCAGAGGCAAUGGGAAAUAUGAUUCUUGAUGAAGAGGAUAAAGUGAAGAAAAGGAAGGAAUCCAAUCGAGAGUCGGCCAGACGCUCAAGAAGCAGAAAGGCAGCUCGCCUGAAAGAUCUGGAGGAGCAGGUAGCACUGUUAAGGGUUGAAAACUCUUCUUUGUUGAGGCGUCUUGCUGACGCAAACCAGAAGUUCAGUGCUGCCGCUAUUGACAAUAGGGUAUUAAUGGCGGACAUUGAGACCCUAAGAGCAAAGGUGAGGAUGGCUGAGGAGAGUGUGAAGAUGGUCACAAGGGCUAGACAACUGCACCAGGCCAUCCCUGACAUGCCACCAUCCCUCAACAUCGCCUCAGAUGCUUCAGUGCCCAUCCAGACCAACAACCCGAUGAACUACUUCACCACUCCAACCAAUACCGUCGUUAAUAACAGCUACAUGCCUGAGGUUUCUGCCAGGAAGAUUGACCCGACAGAUUCACUGCAGCUUCAGCAGCAGCAGAUGGCGAGCCUGCAGCAUCUCCAGAACGGAGCGUGUGGCGGCGGGGAGGGUUCAAAUGGCUACGCAACAUGGGGAUCGUCUCUGCUGGACGCAAGCGAGCUUGUCAACAUGGAGCUGCAGUAGCAGGAGACUGAGUACCCUAACAACAUGGAGAGAGCAUUUGGGGUGCAAAUUGCAGCCUUGCAAGUGCUGUUUUGUAGUAGUAGUAGUUGGUGUUGCUGUUGUCUGGAACUGUAGUUUCUAUGGAUUCUGGACUCGCUGAGGAACAUCUGCGGCUGUUGUUUGUUUCAGAUCGAGAAAUGAGGGACAAAGGUAGUCUC